CUCUCUGACAGGUUACAGCUGGUUAUUUGAAAGUGGAGGUGCAUUCCAUAAAAAGCUGCAUUGAGUCUUUUCUUUGUAUUUGUGUGUCGAUAAUAAAGCGGGGUAGAGACUGUUUGGUUGAGUUAACACAGAAACAUGUGGAGCUCCGGCCGACGCGUCCUUCAGGAUCUGCUCAUCCUCCCUGCAGCUCUCAGGAGUUUCUCCCUGACUCCUGCUCAGAACACAGUUGUGGUGGAGCGCUGGUGGCAGGUGCCUUUAUCUAAAGUUGGCAGUCCUCCGAGGCUUCAUCCCCGAAGACACAGAAUCUACAAGCUGGUUGAAGACACCAAACACCUUCCCAAGGAAAAGAUGGAGCUCAUCCUGACGCAGACCGUUCCCAAGCUCGGUGGUCGAGGAGACUCUGUGUUUGUGAAAAAGUCUGUUGGCAGAAAUAAGCUGCUGUCCGAAGGCCUCGCAGUGUAUCCAUCACCAGAGAACAAGCAGAUGUUUGCUGAGGAGAUCAGACUUCUACGAGAAGGAAAGCCAGAGGAAAGAGUGCAAACGCGUACUGGACAGUUGACAGUGGAGUACCUUAAAAGCUCCCAUCUGAAGAUAAACCAGAUGCCCUCUGAUGAGUUCCAGGUCCAUAAAGAAGUUGUGUGCCGACAGUUUCUCAAGAAGCUGGGAGUUGUAGUUCCACCUCAGGCGUUGAGUCUUCCAUUCGAUUCAGUGAAGGAAGUGGGCGACUACUGGUGUGAAGUAACGGUAAACGGGAUAGACAAAGUUCGCAUCCCUUUGUCAGUGGUUCCAUAUGAAGACCAGUCUGCAAGUUACAAACGUCAGCUGAAAGCACAAAAGCUGCAGCUGGAAGAGGAACAAGUCUCAGAGCCUGCUGAUGAGCAGGAAGCUACAGCACAGGCUGUUUCUGACGCUGCAGUUAAAGACUCUGAGAGUCAAGUGAGCGAAGAUUCAGCUUCAGCAGAAGCCUCAGCAGCUGUAGAAACACCGACAAACCAAGACACAACAGCACCACCAAGUGACAGCCCGAAAAAAGAUUAAAGGACUACACAAGAAGAUAUCUGCAGAACUAGUUUGUUUGUCUGUAAAACUUAUUAUACAUGCAUAUAAAGAGCCCAGUGUUAA